AUGACGGCCAGUGAGACCAGUCCGUCCCCUCGCCAUCUAUUCAUUACUGAUCGAACUACUCAAACUCAUUUUCUCAUCGACACGGGUGCCGACCUAUGUGUUUAUCCACGUAGUGCUGUUCCAGACCGACGAGUAAAAUCCGAUUACGUCCUAUCAGCAGCCAAUGGCUCAGCCUCAACUUCGGACUUCGUCGAGAUUUCACUUGGAGACGGUGUUACAGGACUCACCGCUCAUGGUCACGUUGCUGAAUCCUCCAUACCAUCCAUAAAGAUUGUCGUGGGAGAAACGAAAUACGACUGUUUACUACGGAAAUUUCCCGAGAUCACUCGACCAUAUGAAGCUCCUAAAGACAUUAGGCACAGCACCAAACAGUAUAUUCAAACGACACCAGGACCCCCAGUAUCUUGUAAACCACGACGCUUAGCACUUGAUAAUCUCAAGGCAGCAAAAAAGGAUUUUGAAGCUAUGAUCCAAUUAGGCAUUAUUCGACCGUCCCAGGGACCUUAG